GGUUUGAAACCCUCAAAAGUCGAUUAUCUGCUUUGACUCUCAUUCCCAUCUUCCAUUCACCUUCGUAGCUUAAUCUACCCAAAGGCUGUCUCUUUCUGGGAUUUGAUAAUGGAGCUAUAGGCCUCUGCAAAUUUUAUAGCAAUAUAGUUUUUUCUUGCUUUUAUACUAUGGCUGAACCUUCCAUUCUCUCACCUCCCACGCAAAGAAACUUCUCUCUCUCUUUCCGCGUUCAUUAUUACUGCCUCCCCCAGGCUUAGCUAGCUCCCUGAAGCAAGCAUAUUCUCUAGGACUUGCACAAACGGUGGCACCAGCCAUGUUUGACUUUAAAUGUUUAUUCCACUGAACAAGUUCCUCACUUUCCAUCUGAAUUUCCGGGCUAGUCACCAUUCUGUUAUGCUGAGAUCCAGGUUCUGGCACUGUUUCUUCUCUUAUCUUUCUUCCUCAUUCAUGGUUCCCGGGAGAAUCGGUAACUGAUUUCCCUCUCGGAUCAAUUUCAACCCAUUGCUCUAUUGCUGAAGUUCUCAUCUGGGUUGGCUUUGGUUUCUCGGGAGAUUGAAUCCAGCGGAAGGAAUAUGGCGUCCAAUUCGGUUGUAGUCACGGUGGAGAAGCCAUUAUUACAGACAGGUGGUGGUGGUGGUGGUUCAUUGGCUGCUGUUCCUGAUAAACAGAAAGCCUCGAGGCCUAAGCAAUUCACAUGGGUUCUUUUCCUGAGAGCUUACAGAGCUCUGGCUUGCAUUUCUUGGCUGGCAAUGGGGCUGCCGGCCAUCUUUGCUUCGGUUAAGAAACGCGUCGCUUUGUCUGAUAUGAGCGAAGAAGAAGAAGAGCCCCAAAACAAAGGGAGGUUGUACAGAUUCCUCAGGGCUUGUCUUGCCAUUUCAACUGUGGCUUUGGCAAUAGAAAUCGUUGCCCAUUUCAAGAAAUGGAACUUGAAUCUGAUCCAUCCAUGGGAGAUUCAGGGAAUUGUGCAGUGGUCUUACAUGGCUUGGCUGUCCUUCAGAGUUGAUUAUGUUGCCCCUUUUGUCAUCAUGCUUUCCAGAUUCUGCAUUGUGCUUUUCAUGAUUCAAUCCCUCGAUCGGCUAGUGCUCUGCAUUGGCUGUUUUUGGAUGAAGUGGAAGAAGCUGAAGCCUGUGAUUGAAGGAGAAGAAUAUGAUGUUGAGGAUCCGUCAAGUUUCCCAAUGGUUCUUGUUCAGAUUCCCAUGUGCAAUGAAAGAGAGGUAUAUGAGCAAUCAAUCUCUGCUGUCUGUCAGUUGGAUUGGCCCAAGAACAGAUUUCUGGUCCAGGUCCUAGAUGAUUCAGACGAUGAAAAUUUACAGAAUCUAAUAAGAAAUGAAGUUUUCUCAUGGAAACAAAAAGGUGUGAACAUCAUCUACAGACAUAGAUUCAUCAGAACAGGGUACAAAGCUGGGAACCUUAAAUCGGCCAUGGCCUGUGACUAUGUCAAGGACUAUGAGUUUGUUGCAAUUUUUGAUGCUGAUUUUCAGCCAAAUCCUGAUUUUCUUAAACAGACAGUACCUCACUUCAAGGAAAAUCCUGAGUUAGGCCUUGUACAAGCUCGCUGGUCAUUCGUAAACAAGGAUGAGAACUUGCUCACGAGGCUUCAAAAUAUCAACCUGUGCUUCCAUUUCGAGGUGGAGCAGCAAGUCAAUGGCUUGUUUCUCAACUUCUUUGGAUUCAAUGGAACUGCAGGAGUCUGGAGGAUUAAGGCCUUAGAGGAAUCUGGAGGCUGGCUUGAAAGAACAACAGUAGAGGAUAUGGACAUUGCAGUCCGAGCUCAUCUACACGGGUGGAAAUUCAUUUUCCUCAAUGACGUGAGAGUGCUUUGUGAAUUGCCCGAGUCUUAUGAAGCGUACAAGAAGCAGCAGCAUCGUUGGCAUUCAGGGCCAAUGCAACUGUUUAGAUUAUGCCUUUCUUCCAUCCUGACCUCCAAGAUAUCAAUCUGGAAGAAGGCCAACUUGAUAUUUCUCUUCUUUCUUCUGAGGAAACUGAUACUUCCCUUCUACUCAUUCACACUAUUCUGUAUCAUACUCCCGUUGACAAUGUUCAUACCUGAGGCAGAAUUGCCUCUCUGGGUAGUUUGCUACGUCCCGGUAUUCAUGUCCUUUCUGAACAUUCUCCCAAGCCCAAAAUCUUUCCCAUUCUUGAUACCAUACCUACUCUUCGAGAACACCAUGUCUGUCACAAAAUUCAAUGCCAUGGUAUCAGGGCUAUUCCAGCUGGGAAGUGCUUAUGAAUGGGUAGUGACGAAGAAGACGGGGAGGUCAUCGGAGUCUGACUUAUUAGCCCUUGUGGAGAGGGAGUCAAUAACCUCAAAUCAAGAGAAAAUCCCGAGGAGGCUCUCUGAAUCUGGUUUAGAAAUGUUCACAAAACUGCAGGAAAAAGAGGCUGCUCCAGUUGUAAAGAAGAGAAACAGGCUGUACAGGAAGGAGCUUGCUCUUGCUUUUCUCCUACUCACUGCUGCUGCAAGAAGCCUGUUAUCUGCUCAUGGCCUUCAUUUCUACUUCUUGCUCUUCCAAGGCUUGUCUUUCCUUGUUGUUGGCUUGGACCUAAUUGGGGAGCAGAUGAGCUGAAACAUAAGACCUAAUACACUAUCUCCAUAUGUUCAAAGGCUAUAUAAGGUUUUCAGAAGUUGCAGUUCUGUUCUGUUGAAGGACUGCUCUUCAUCAUGCUAGAGUUGGGUUGGAGAUGGUGAUUUGAUUUCCGUAGAUGAUGAGCCUUUUUCUCCAGUGAAAACUAUCAGGCAAGAGACAAAACACAGCAGAAGAGUUUAUUCUUUGAUUGUAUAAUAAUUUCAUACAAACUUUACAAUUAUAUUGGAAGUUCCAAGUUCAUAAUGUCCAAAGCUUCAAAUUGUUUACCCCAUAAAUAUACACAACUGUCUGUGUGGAGAAGAAACCUGUAAUCAUUUCACUAAAGCAUCAAUGAAGGAUACAAUUAAUGUUUUUCA